AAGUGGCUGGGAUAUCCACACACACACACAGACACACACACACACACGGAUUCAGUAACAACGGGAAAACUCGCGUAGAAUGGAGUCGGGCUUCUUAUUAGCGCUGUUUACGAUCAUCUCCUCGCUCCGUCAGGGUGUGACGCUCUUACGCAGCAAAGGCGCCUGCCUUCUCCAGGUGGACGAGGGACCCUGCAAAGGAAACAUCGAGCGCUUUUAUUACAACACCAUCACCCAGAACUGCGAGCUUUUCUACUAUGGUGGCUGCCUGGGGAACUCAAAUAACUUCAGGAGUUAUCCGGAGUGUCAGAAGACGUGUUUUAGAAUCCCAAAAGUCCCACAGAUCUGCAGGUUUCCCAAAGAGGAAGGUCACUGCCGAGCCAUCUUGCCCCGUUACUUUUUCAACAUGACCAGUAUGAAGUGUGAGCCCUUUUUCUAUGGAGGCUGUGGAGGAAACUCCAACCGCUUCCAAGACCUCACCUCCUGCAUGGAGUACUGCAGCCCACAGAAAACUGUUCCCAUGUUGUGUCUGGACCCUCUGGACAAGGGGAAGUGUUCAGCCUCCAUAACGCGGUAUUACUACAACACAGCCACCAAGAGCUGCCAGGACUUUGUCUACACCGGCUGUGGGGGGAGCAGCAACAACUUUGUGUCCCAGCAGAGCUGCAUGGACGUGUGUGUUAAAGGAAGGAAAAAACACGCAGCCCAAGUGAAAAUACGACGGCGGGGGCAAAAGAAAAUGAAACGUAUCACCUUCUUGUAGACGUCUAAACCUGUACUCGAGAGUUCUCCCUCAUGGUUCAAUUUCAGACAAGGUUGCCUUUAUUAUGACUGCAUCUGUUUUCUUUCCUUACAUAAAUAACCUGAUAUUUUAUGUAUGACAUGUAUGUUUUAUAUACAUAUGGCAAAAAGAGACCUUUUUUUUUGUUUAUUUUGCUUCAUUUUGUAAUAAAAUCAUUAAAAUAGAUAAACAAA